UUACCGAAUAUUGUGGAUCCAUUUCAAGAUGCUUUACUAUUUCUGACGUUCUUUGACAACCCAGUUGUAGUUACAGUAGUGAUAUUGGUCUGGUUGAUCUAUUUUCUGGGUCUUUACAGGGCAAGGCAAGCUGAUCGGAAGGAUUCAAAUUUUGAUGGUAUAGUGACACCCUUUCCAAGUGAUCCUUCUGACCCGUUUAAGUAUCUUAUGUGCAUUGUCACUGGGUGGCGGUAUGAUGCUAGAACUACAGCAAACGUUUCAUGCUACAUAAAAGGCAGCAAUGGUCAAAGUGCAAGGCAUUGUUUAAGUAGGACCUCAUCACCGCAGGUUUUGUUCACAUCUGGUGGUGAAGACUGGUUUCUAAUUACUUCUUCCUACAAUAUAGGAGACAUGGUGAAUGUAAUUGUAUGGCACGACAACAGUGGUUCCUCGCCAUCAUGGUUUCUUUCCAGAAUAAUUAUACAAGACUUGCAAACUAAAAAAGUAUUUAAUUUCUACUACGAUAAUUGGCUUGGAAUUCAAAGUGGAACUGCUAAAGUGUGUUUGUCAAUCAAGUCAGGUUACGAAUUGAAGCAACAGUUUUUCCUUAGAACAAGUCAGGAUUUACGUAGAGGGCAUUUAUGGAUCAGUAUAAUCUCAAAACCACCAUGUAGUAAUUUUACGAGGGCUCAAAGAUUAUCAUGCGCAUUGUCUUUAUUGUUUUGUACAAUGUUGUCCUGUCUAAUGUUUCAUGGAAUUCCGACUGACGAAACGAUUAGUUCUGAUGUAGCAAGUAUUCAAUUUGAAUUCUCUCUUAAAGAUUUUAUCAUUGGUUUGGAAAGUAGUAUAAUAAUGUUUCCUAUAAACUUUGCCAUCAUUGAACUUUUUGUGCGAUCAAAAACAAAACAGCUACAUAAAGAACGAUAUCUGGAAAUUGAUGUUAACCGUCCAACGACAAGUGAUGAAAAAGGAUCAGAUAAAGCGUAUAAUGAAAUUGUUGCAGUAAAACGAUGGAUGUUUCCAUGGUGGGUUAUAUACGUUGCAUGGACCACAACUAUUUUGACAUCGUUGAUUUCGUCAUAUUUUGUUAUGCUGUAUGGAUUAAAAUAUGGCUACUAUGAAAGUUUGAAUUGGCUAGUUUCCUUUCUUACAGCAUUUGUUGAUGAUGUCUUUUUAAUGGAGCCUAUAAGUGUCGUGUUUUUUGCCAUGUUGUUCACAUUUAUAUUGAAACGGGAAAUCAAAAUUGAUUCUGCUCCAGCCUUGAUUGUACACAAACCAGAAAAAAACAAUACAUUAAUGCAGAAAAGAAGCAAUACGAGAUCAAUUAUCCCAGGACAUGCUUCAAAAAAAGAUUUGAAGAAAGCUAAACAAGAACUUGAUUUAAAAGAAAAGAUCCAGACCAAUCUCCAAGAUAUAAUUCUUUAUGUGUUUUUCACAUUUAUGUUGUUAUUUGUUGUUCACAGCCAUCGACCAGUGGAGAAAUGUUUCAUGCAGUCACAAGAUAUCAACAAUAUUUUUAUCAAAAAUACAUUAGAACAUGUUAAGACACGUGGUGAUAUUUGGACUUAUAUCAACGAAAGUGUUAUUCCUCCGUUGAGUAGAACAAUACCUUUUGACAUGUCAAAGAAGAUUCCAGAAAAUGAUUUUCUACUGAUAGGAAAAUUUCGUCUGCGACAGAUAAGGGUUAAAAGAGACAGCUGUGUUUUCCCAGAUAAGUUGAGGAAACUGUUUGGCUUGGACCAUCUUGACAUGAAAUGUACAUCUACAUUGAACACGGUAAAUGAUGACAAUGACAAUUACAACAAGUCGUGGCAGAUUCAGUCAGAACUAGUAACACCAACUGAUGAAUGGUCCUUCCAAAAUGCUUGGGACUUAGAGUCUGUACCAUAUCUAAGCGAACGGGCAAUAUAUGGUGGAGGUGGCUACUUGGUUGACAUGAACACAGGUCCUUCAUCUAUUACAAAGCUUUCAGAGUUAAUGCUUAAGUCAUGGAUUGACACAAGAACAAGAGCUUUUUUCAUUGAAUUCGUCUUGUAUAAUCCCAAUGUUAACAUGUAUAGUUCAGUUAUGAUCGUGUUUGAGUAUAGCAGUCCUGGUACACUAACAACAUCAUUUCAGAUAUAUACAACGCCUUUAUCCCACUACUCCACUAGUAAAGAAAUCACCAGUUUGGUGCUUGAGAUAGUUUUUUUUCUUUUGACGAUUGUCGUGUCUUAUAUUGAGAUCAAAAAGAUAAGACUGGUCGGUUUGAAACUGUACUUUAAAAGAUUUUGGAACAAACUUUCCUUGUUGAUGUUAAUAUUGUGCUAUACUUCAAUGGCGAUUUUUAUAGAGAGAUUUAGAAUGAUAACACACAUAAUACGGCAGUAUAGAAUUGAUGGUAAAGACAGCUACAUUAAUUUCAGUCUUGCGAUCCUUUGGGAUUGCAUAUUAUUUUACAUUUUGGCUUUGUUAACCGUUAUUACAAUGAUAAAACUACUGAAACUUUUAAUGCUGAAUCAGAAAUUAAAAUACCUAUUUUCAUUGAUGGAACAUGUAAAAAAACCUUUAAAAUAUUUCUUUUUUAUCUAUGUUAUUUCAUUGUUAGCGUUUGCAUGUUGUGGACAUUUGUUGUUUGGGGCAUCAUUAGCUGGGUACAGAUCAUUCGGAGACAGUUUGAUGGUCCUUAUAGAAUGUACCUUUAGGAUUGUCAAUUAUAAUCAAUAUCUUGAAUUUCAUCCACAAUUAGGUCCUCUAUUUAUACUUUUGUUCAUAUUUAUAUUUGUGUUUGGUUUAAUGAAUAUGUUUACUGUCAUUGUAAUGAAUGCGCAGAAAUCCUUAAGACAAAAAGGAGUAAAACAUGAUGACCAGCUAACAUUACUGAUUAAGUACUUUGUGCAGAGCAUAAGAAGAAUGUUCCGAUAAUAUAACAAAUCAGUACUCAUUGCGGCAUUAGAAGAAUGUUCCAAUAAUAUAAUAAAUCAGUACUCAGUGCGGCAUCAGAAGAAUGUUCGAAUAAUAUAAUAAAUCAGUACUCAGUGCAACAUUAGAAGGAUGUUCCGAUAAUAUAAUAAACCAGUACUCAGUGCAGCAUUAGAAGAAUGUUCCGAUAAUAUAAUAAAUCAGUACUCAGUGCAGCAUUAGAAGAAUGUUCCGAUAAUAUAAUAAAUUAGUACUCAGUACUAAGGGAGUAGCAACAGAUGAAUGUUUCGAUUAUACAUUGAAUCAGUUUUUAGUAAGCAGCAAAAAAGGAAUGUUUCGAUAAUAUUUUUUUGCAGUUCUUGGUAUACAAAACCAGAAGAAUGUUUCGAUUAUAUGACAAAUUAGUACUUAAUGACCAGUUUAAGAUUAUAUUUUGAUAAUAUAAUAAAUUAGUACUUAUUGAGAAGCUUCAUAUGUUUUUUUGAUAAUAUAAUUAAUCAGUACUUGGUAAGCAGCUUCAGAUUAUAUUUCGAUAAUAUAAUAAAUCAGUAUUUAUUUAGUAGUUUAUGAUGAUAUGUUGAUAAUAUAAUAAAUCAUUUCUU